AUGGCGCAAACUGGACUUCUCCAGUCCUUCCUCGCCGCCAUUCAAGCCUCCGUGUCGGUCUUGCUGGUCAUCUUCUACGGAGGCGUGGCCGCACACCUGAAACUGCUCAACGGCACCAACACAAAAGCAAUCAGCAAGAUAUGCGUGCGCAUGUUCCUGCCCGCCCUGCUCAUCGUUGAUAUCGGCUCCCAACUACACUCUAGAUCGGCAAAUCGAUACCUGAUUAUCUUCGUCUGGGCCCUCAUCUGCCACUUCAUCUCCUUUGUGAUUGGCAUCCUGGCUCAUUUCUGGCUGGGCAUGCCCGACUGGACCACGGUAGCGUUGAUGUUCAACAACACCACGUCCUACCCGCUGUUACUGAUCGGGGCGCUGGACGAAACAGGCAUCCUCCGCGCCCUGAUUGUGACGGACGAAACCACCAGCGCGAUGGUCGCCCGCGCGAAGUCGUACUUCCUAGUUUUCGCCACAGUCAGCAGCUGUUUGACGUUCGCCGUGGGCCCGAGACUGAUCGACACGGAACACGCGCCCGAGAUGGACGAUUCGAAAGAAGGAGCAGACGAUGAUCAUGACGAGCCAUUCGACGCGAACGAGCAGCAGGAUCGCGAUCAGGAGAACGGAAACGGGAACGCAGACGAACGGACUGGCCUGCUGCAGUCUAGUCCUUCUACGUCUCCGAAUGAACGACGCUCGACCAUCACCUUCGCCUCAGCCGUGAAUUACGCCGAGAAUACCUUCUUCCCCUCGAUUCGUCGGUCGUCCGUUGGGCUGCCGUCCACGCGACGGUCCUCGAUCUCUAUCCCCCAGAAUCGUCGCGCCUCCAUCGUGCCCAAGAAGCAGUGGUACAAGCUGGGCCCUCGUGCCAAAUGGUGGCUGCUGUUCAUCAGCGACUUCUUCAACGCUCCGCUCCUGGGCGCCAUCAUCGGGGCCGUCAUUGGUCUUGUCCCCGUCUUGCACCGCUCCUUCUUCAACGACACCUACGAGGGUGGCAUCUUCACCGCCUGGCUGACCGCCUCGCUGAAGAGUAUCGGCGGGCUGUUCGUGCCGUUGCCCGUCGUCGUCGCGGGCGUGAGCCUCUACACGGCCAUGAAGGAAGCCCGGAACGCGAGCGCGAGUUCUGACACAUCAUCGACCGACAAGUCCAAAAAGAUGCCCUGGAUCACCGUGACUUUCAUCAUGGUGAUCAGGUUCGUCAUCUGGCCGGCCGCGAGCAUCUACUUUGUAUACCUGGUGGCGAAGAAGGGGACGAUACUGGGAGAUGAUCCCAUGUUGUGGUUUGCCAUGAUGUUGAUGCCGACAGGACCGCCCGCAAUGAAACUCAUAACUCUCAUCCAAGUCAGCGACGCCGAGGAGGAGGACGAACGGAACAUCGCAAAGCUGUUGACGAUCUCAUACCUGAUCUCGCCAAUCCUGAGCUUCACGGUCGUGGGCGCCCUGCAGGCCGCGCGGGCCGCUAUUCCUGGAUAG